CCAUGCUGGGAGACGAUUGGUGUGUUUGUUGUUGCGCCAACCUGGCUGACAUUCUUCUGCAGUGCCCUUCCAAUCAUCGGAUCUAUUGCGCUGGCUGUUUCGAACGACUGGUAGAGGACGCGCGCCGGGCGAGGCGAGAGCUAAAAUGUGGCAAGUGCAUGAGGGGUUUGAAAGGCGGCAGAUAUUCCAUGCCUAUCAGUUGCGUUGAGGUGCAAUUGGAAGCCACCCGGAUUGCGGAUGUCUAUGCGGAUGGAAAAGCCUACCCCUGGGAAGUUCUGCUGGAUUUUGGCAGUCCCCAGGGCCCGGCAGACUUGGACACUAUGAGAAGCGUACGGGAGGCCAUGAGGAAAUGCCAGGCAUCGGGCUCUAGGACCAAACUGCGAGAGCAACUGCCAGAGAUGGAUGUUGAAUACGUUUUCUUAGAACUCAUCAAGACAGUCAACUUGCAUGAAGUGCUUCUGCAUCUGGAGCCGCUGAUGUGCAGAGCCAUGCCCCUGGCUGAAGUGACAACCCUUGGGGUCGCAGGAGCCAUUGCUGGUGCCUUCCUAGGACCAGCUGUGGCUGUGGUGGCCUGUCCCAUAUUGGCGGCUGCUGGAGGAAUGCUGGGAGAUGCCAUGGUGAGAGGCAAGGGACGGGCCUAUGCAAUAGUCGGCUGGCAGUGUCCCGAGCACACUGUGGUGAACGAAUGCGCAGAGCGGCUGGGAAUCAACCUCGAUGUCGAUGGCUUUAUGGAGGCGCGUGAGAAGUUUCAGCAACGAGUCGUUUGGGAAGAGUUGGAGGAUGCUGCCGAGACGAAGGAUGCCUCGCAGCAUGCAGCAUACAUUGCUGACUGGCAGCCAGUUCGCAACUUUUACGCUGCCACGUUGUGCGGCCCCUAUUUGCGCCAGUCCAAAGGUUGUGGGGACGGCCCUGGAAGUCAGAAAGAAGUAGGAAUCUACAUCAACGUCAUGAAGGUCAGGGGAAGUCCGAACGAAGACUGGAAGUUGGCAAGAUCAUGGUUUGGAAGUGCGAUGAACGCACCAGUGUCAGAUGGAGACACGCAAAAGGUGGAGGUAUAUACCCUGUACCUGUGAAGAUUGGCUCCAUGGGCCCAUUUGAUUUGUUGUUUUUUGUCACAAAAGAAGCUCCAUUCAAAUGAUGGGGAUGAUAUGGGAUGAUGAUUAAUGAUAUGAAAUUCAUAGAUGCCCGUGGGCAGUCAAACAAAACGAGUUCGG